AUGGCCCAGCAAAAGCGGUUAAGAAAUUUGGCCCAAAACCUCAAAGACAAAGCUUCGGUCAUCGCCGCGGUGCUAUCCCCCAAGCGCCACGUGUCAUCCGUCCGCGUGCACGUGCUCCGCGCCACCACGCACGCCCUCACCGCGCCUCCCUCUGAAGAAACCAUCGCCGCCGUCCUCGCGGUGGGGGAGGGCUCCCACCGCCACCCGCGCGCCUGCAUCGACGCGCUCAUGGAUCGCCUGCACCACACACGCAGCGCCACCGUGGCGCUCAAGUGCCUCUUCACGCUCCACAACGUCGUCGUAAAGGGACCCUUCACGUUGAAGGACCAACUCUCGUGUUACCCUUCUUACGGCGGCCACAACUUUCUUAACCUCUCCACCUUUCGCGACGACUCGGACGUAGAGUCGGUGGAACUUAGUUCUUGGGUGCGGUGGUACGCCGGCGUGUUGGAACAGAGCCUAACGGUUUCCAGAGUCUUGGGGUAUUACCUCAACGCCUCUAGCGAAACCCAAGAAAGGAAAAAGAUUCUCGUUUCGAACGCGUCGAAUGCGGAUUUGUUGUACAAGGUGGAGGCACUCGUGGGUUUCGUCGAACAAAUAAGCCACGUCCCUGAUUCGUUGCACCUGCAGAGGAACGAGUUGGUGUACGAGGUUGUGCGGUUGGUGGGCGAGAAUUAUAGGAGCGUGCAGGUUGAGAUUUUGUUGCGCGUGGAUGAACUUGGGGAGAGAAUGGAGGAUUUUGAGGUGGGUGAGUUGAACGAGUUGGUGGGUUAUUUAGGGCGAUUAGAGGAGAGUCUCGAAAAGUUGAUUCUUUUGUUCGUGAAUAGGAGAAGGAACAAUGGGUUUUGGGAUUUGGUUGAGAAGACGAAGGAGAAGGGAAUGGCGAAGAAGAAGGAGAUUGAAGGGAAGUGGCUCACGGUGGUUGUUAACGCCGGCGCCGCCGAGUUGCCUCGGUCCACUAACCCGUUUCUUGACCCGGGGCAACUCAGUCCGGUCCCACGGAUAGAUUUUGCAACGGUAAGGUGA